GAAUUAGCCUUCUCCGGGGACCAACUCCUCGUCAGUGAAUCCUACAAAUCUAUCCACAUUCUCUAACCAACUAGGUUUACAAAUUGCAAUUCCAAUUCUAUACAAGUCGUCGUUUCCACUGUCAUUUUCCUUCAAAUGCCACUUUUACCAUGCUUCGCCCACCACCCUGGAAUUAGAUUUCCGUUUCCUAUAAAAGCAAUCACAGCUCAUCUGGUUUCAGACACUAACCUCAGCUUUUACGAUACCUAAAACCCAAGAAACAGGAUAUUUUUCCAAUUUCCCAAGAAUUCGAUUUAUUGGCCGUAGUUCAAGCAACCUUAAUUUCCCUGGUAAAAGAUUAACACCUGAGGAAUCGAAACAGAUUCUGUAGAAGGACAAGCUCAUGGAGAGUUGUUUUGAGGCUGGGAUGUUGAAUUUUCGCCAUGAAGAUGCGUCUCCACUGGAUCUUGGGUUUGUGCAUUUCGGUAUAGAAGGAGAUGUAAGAUCAGAGCACCUUGUUGUGAUGAGACAUUUGAUUGCAGGCAUUGCCAUAACCAAGCAAAGGUCAUUUGUCCUUGUGUGGCACAGAACAAGAUGUUCAGCAGCACUGCAUCCAUUGUGGGGUUUGCAUGGGGAAGUAUUUUUGCUCCAAAUGCAACGUCUUUGAUGAUGAUGAGAAUUUCUUCCAUUGUAAUAGAUGUGGAUGUUGCUAUUCAAUCUUGUUGAAGGAUUCACACAACUGUGUGGAGAGCAAAGAUAUUACUGUCUUACCUUGUGGACACACUAUACAUUUGGAGUGUGUUAAAGAGAUGGAGCGGCAUUUCCAGUAUGCAUGUCCUGUUUGCUCAAAGUCAUACUGUGAUAUGUCUCGUGUGUGGGAAAAACUAGAUCAAGAGGUUGCUUCAACACCUAUGCCUCAAAUGUAUGAAAAUAAUAUGGUUUGGAUUCUUUGCAAUGACUGUGGGGAAACAUCGGAAGUGAUUUUUCAUAUUGUAGCACACAAGUGUUUAAGAUGCAAUUCAUACAAUACGAGACAGACACGAGGAAUUCCUACGUCUUGUUCAUCUGGGUUUGAAGAGAUGUGAGAUGAGUAGCUUCUGAUUAAUAGUUGUUCUUUCACAUUUUAGUAAUUUAUAAUAAUUUGUCUAAAAUAUCUGGUCAUGCUUUUUUUUCACAUAUUAUUAUUAAAUGACUUAAACUAGUAAAAGUAUAUAUGGAAAAUAAAAAUUAAUAUUUUCUUGAAAUUCAGA